AGAUCUGAGAAACGGGGGGAGGGGGUGUAAAAAUGGCGCCGACGUGAGCGUGAGCCCGCGUUGCUGAGGAAGUCGCCCCUACUGGAGCCGGAGCCACCGAAGACACAGGAACCAGAGAUCGAACUAAGCAGAGGAUGGAGGAACCUUCCAGGCCCAGCCUUGACACCACGGAAUCCAGCUUCAGUAAACCUGACAAGGAAGUGGCAUCGUCAGAUGUGGCAGCUACGACCACUUUCUCCUCUGUGGAGGAGCCAGGCCCUAACCAAACAGCCACACCACCAGUGUGGGAUCGUGGAGGACCUCCAGAGCAGGUUGCCUCUUUAACCCCAGACAGUUGCCAGGCUGGCUCAACCAGUACAGGUGUGGGGACCAAUGAAGACCUGAGGUUGCCCAGACGACGUCCACCACCAGGGAAACAGAUACCCUGCUCUAGCCCUGGCUGCUGUCUCAGUUUCCCCAGUGUUCGUGAUCUGGCACAGCAUCUCCGUACCCACUGCCCACCUACACAGUCACUGGAAGGCAAGCUCUUCCGAUGCUCAGCCCUGAGUUGCACUGAGAGUUUCCCCAGCAUGCAGGAGCUGGUAGCCCAUGGCAAGCUGCAUUACAAGCCCAAUCGCUACUUCAAGUGUGAGAAUUGCCUCCUGCGCUUCCGCACUCACCGCUCGCUCUUCAAGCAUCUGCAUGUUUGUGCAGAGCAUGCUCAGAGCCCAGCUCCACCACCACCCCCUUCCCUGGACAAAGAGCCACCUGUGCCUGAGCGCCCCACAGAGUCUGACUCUUCAUCUACCCUGGGCCUGCCAUUCCCACUACUUGAGCCUUUCACCUCUGCCCCCACUGGGCCCUUCAUUCCAUACUUGAACCCUGCACCCUUUGGCCUGAGUCCUCCACGACUGCGCCCAUUCCUGACUGCUGCUCCAGGGCCACCAGCCUCUAGCACUGCCAUCUGGAAAAAGAGUCAAGGUGCUGCUGGCAGUCCAAGAAGACCUCAGGGCGGUUCCGAUGCACCCUCAGGGUUCGCGGCCCCCAGCCGCAUCGUGUGGGAACACACGCGUGGCCGCUACUCGUGCAUGCAGUGUGACUUCUCCACGGCCUCGCGGCCCACCAUGACACUACACCUUCAGGACCACCGCCCUGGCGCCCCCACAUCCCUGGUGCCAGGGUUCCUUCGUGCCAACAUCCGGGCGGGUAAGGCUGAGAAAUGUUCGGGCAUGGAGCUAGAGGCAAGGGAUGAGGCCCAAGCUCAGCCUCCCACUCAACUCCACAAGGACCCAACCCCAUUUGCUCCUGGGGUAUCACAGCUGUCAGAGGGGGAGAAUUCAUUUUUCUCACAGCUUUGAACCAGUUGUGUUGGGCUGGGUG